UUAAUAUUCCAAUAUAUCACCUGAUUAAAUUGUCUUUGUCAGUGUUGAUGUCCAAUAAACUAGUAAUAUUUUUUAAAACCUUCCCAAUAUAUGAAGAAAAACACUGCUGAGUGCUUAAUGCUCAGAGAAAUUCAAACUUUUUGUUUUGUAUAGAAAGCUUAGCCAGCCACGUUCCUCCUCUCCCUCUCUCCAUUCUCCACCUCGAGAAACUACCCCCACUUUCAAACACAUCAAAGAUCUCUCCUUUACAUUUGCUUCCUUACUUCCUCUCAUCUUCUGCAACUUCUCGUUGCAUGAAACCGAAAUUUGAUUAUGAAUUUACGAUCCAAUGAAGCUUUAGAAAGACUGGCAUUUUCAAAAUCACAAAGAAAAAUGAUGCUACUUUCACUUCCCAAUGUCGUUUACUUUCUGUUUUUCUUUACUUCAAUGGUUUCCUCUCUCAAUUCGGAUGGUCUCUCUCUGCUUGCUCUCAAGGCAGCCAUAGAAUCCGACCCAAGUCGUUCCCUUGACAAAUGGUCUGAGUCUGACUCAACCCCAUGCCACUGGCCAGGAAUCGCCUGCACUCGUAACCGAGUCUCCUCAAUCUUCCUUCAUAACAAAGGGUUAACCGGUUACAUCCCAUCAGAACUUGGUCUCCUCGACUCGCUAACUCGCCUGAGUCUCUCUCAAAACAACUUCUCCAAACCCAUUCCUUAUCAUCUCUUCAACGCUACAAACCUUAUCUACAUUGACCUGUCUCAUAACUCGCUCUCUGGCUCAGUUCCUCCAGAAAUAAAAUCCCUCAAGAACUUAACCCACCUCGACCUUUCUUCCAACUCACUCAACGGGUCACUCCCUGAGUCACUCGUCGAGCUUAAAAGCUUGACAGGAACCCUCAACUUAUCUUAUAACAAGUUUUCAGGUAAAAUCCCAGCUUCUUAUGGAGAGUUUCCUGUUAUGAUAAGCUUGGAUCUAAGGCAAAAUAAUUUAACGGGGAAAGUGCCUCAAGUUGGUUCUUUGUUAAACCAAGGGCCCACCGCAUUUUCAGGAAACCCUAAUCUUUGUGGGUUUCCGUUGGGGAAUCUUUGCCCUGAAGCUCAGAACCCUAGAGCCAUUUUAAACCCUGAAGAAAACCCAGAAAAUCCCAAUGGUUUUAGGCCUAUUUUAGAUGAUGGGAAUGGAGAAAGAAGCAAGGAGAAAAAUGGGUCAGUGGCUGUUCCCUUGAUCUCAGGCGUUUCGGUGGUGAUCGGGGUGGUUUCGGUAUUUGUCUGGCUGUUUCGGAGGAAAUGGAAAUCAGGGGAAGGUAAAAUGGGGAAAACGAAAAAGGAACAGGAGGUUGAUGAAGAAGGGCAAAAUGGUAAAUUCGUGGUGAUUGAUGAAGGGUUCAAUUUGGAAUUAGAGGAUCUGUUGAGGGCAUCUGCGUACGUAGUGGGGAAGAGUAGGAGUGGGAUAGUGUACAAAGUGGUGACGGGGAGGGGAUCCUGCACGGUGGGUACUACGGUAGUUGCUGUAAGGAGAUUGAGUGAGGGUGAUGCCACGUGGAAGUUCAAGGAGUUUGAGGCUGAAGUGGAGGCUAUCGGGAGGGUUAAUCAUCCCAAUGUUGUUAGGUUGAAAGCUUAUUAUUAUGCCAAUGAUGAGAAGUUGCUGGUUACUGAUUUCAUCCGUAAUGGAAGCUUGUAUGCUGCAUUACAUGGAGGGCCGUCCAAUACUUUGCCACCGCUUUCCUGGGCUACAAGGUUGAGAAUUGUUCAGGGGACUGCAAGGGGUUUAAUGUACAUACAUGAAUACAGCCCUCGAAAAUAUGUUCAUGGCAACUUAAAAUCAACAAAAAUCCUUCUUGACAAUGAACUCCAGCCUUACAUCUCCGGGUUUGGACUCACUCGUCUUGUCUCUGGGACUUCCAAGUAUACCAGUUCAGCAAGCAAAAAGCUGAACACAACCCAAACAAUUGCAACGCCUGCAGUGGCUUCAAGAAUUUCAACUCCUAAUUCUUACCUGGCACCUGAGGCUCGAGUAUCUGGUAGCAAGUUCACUCAGAAAUGUGAUGUGUACUCUUUUGGAAUUGUGCUAUUGGAGAUUUUAACUGGUCGGCUGCCUGAUGCUGGACCAGAAAAUGAUGAUAAGGGGUUGGAAGGUCUUGUGAGGAAGGCAUUCCGAGAAGAGCGUCCCUUGUCUGAAAUCAUAGACCCAACACUUCUAACAGAAGUUUAUGCGAAGAAGCAAGUGGUUGCAGCAUUUCACAUUGCACUCAAUUGCACAGAACUGGAUCCAGAGUUGCGCCCUAGGAUGAGAACUGUGUCGGAGAGUCUUGAUCGUAUCAAAUCGUAGUGAAAAUAUGUCGGGAAGAAUCUAGUAAAGUUCCAUCAUUGUCGCUUACCGCUGGCUCCUGCAGAAGCUGUUUUGGUUUCUGAAAUCCUUGGACACUUUGAUGUAUGACUUUAUUGUUGUAAUCAAAUGCGUUAUCUUUAAAUGAUUUAAUCCGUCCA